ACUAUUUUAAUAAUUAAAGUCAAAAUUUCAGUUCCCAUUUCAUCUCAUUUUCUCAUCUCCUCAACCAAAAUUAAUUGUUUCUGAUCAAAAUGGAUAUUAUACAUAUUUCCCCUUUUUGAAAUUAUCCCUAAGAAAAAUGUCUUUUAAACUUAAUUGAACAACAAAUGGUAAUAAAUUCAGAAGACCUCUUAGACGAUGUUGGUUUUUGGAAAACUUAAAUUUAGAAUAUAAUUUUCUAUAAACAACAAAACUGAAUUCAAAAUGCUCGCGGAAACAUUGUCUGGGCACCCAGACGAAAAAACGAUAAGUAUGAGAGCAACAAAAAUCACUCAAAACGAAGACUUGGAAAAGCUACUUAAAAUCCGUAAAGUUAACAAUGAAACUCCUUAUUCAGUUGUACCUUUAGCGUCAAAACCACAGAUCUUAACUUGUCCACAUUGCGGUCAUUAUGUUACGACAGAAAUUGCAGUGCGACCCAGUUAUAGGACUCAUAUAAAAGCUUUAAUUCUCGCGUUAUGCUGUUUAUUUUUUAUCCCUUACGUUUGCGCUAAUUGUAUGAAUGUUGACCAUUUUUGUCCGGAGUGUGAAACUUAUAUUGGAACAUAUAUUAGUUAACUUAUUAGGAAAAAUUUUGAAUUUAGUGAUCCUUUGUAGAUUGGGUUGUAUAAGUUAAGGGGAAAUAAAGACCAGAAAACAGUAAAAUC